UUAAAAAAAAAAAAAAAAAAAAAAAAGAAAGAAAAGGAUAAAGUUAGGGAUUAAAGGAGAAAAAUAAAUUUAAUUCUUAAGCCUAGAGACAAAAAACAAAAAGUAUAGAGCCUAGCACGUUGAAAGGAAUAACUGCAAGUAACAGGAAAGGUUUAGGUUAGAUAGUAGGAGAAAGUUUUUCACACACAGCGUGGUGACACACUGGAACCGGUUGCCCAAGGAGGCUGUGGAUGUCCCAUGCCUGCAGGCAUUCAAGGCCAGGCUGGAUGUGGCUCUGGGCUGCCCGGUGGAUUGAAACUAGGGGAUCACUGUGGGCCUUCUCAACCCAGGCCGCUCUAAGAUUCUGUGAUUCUAUGAGCUCGUGUGCUCAUGAAAAUGGCAGAGUGCAGACGGAUUGCCAAAAGGGGAGGUGGAACAGGGAGGCGGGAUUUGGGUGUAGGGUCCCCAGCCCCGAGCUGGGUGCACGGCUGCACCCGCACCGGGGAAAGGCAUUGUGACAUCACAGGGCGCGGCGUGACAUCAGUCUUUAUCAAGUCACGCCGGCGGCCUCCCCCAGCUCAGACACUUGGAGCACUCGCUCCGUCCUGGUGGUCACUGCUGGAGCUCUGCUCUGGGUGACAGCCACUUGUGUGUUGAGAGCGGUCCUUGGGAGAGAGCAGGAUGAAGCUCAGCCUGACUCUCUUCCUCAUCUUACUUGCUUUCAUGUCUCCGAUUCCUGACACGUCCAGCUGCCUCAGCUGGGUCGGGAAUUGGGACAAAAAGCUGCUCCAUCCCGAGGAGCAGCAUCCCUUAGAGACCGAGUGCCAGCCCUCCAGCUGGCUCUCCUGGCUUGGUCUAACCACCUGCCCCACCAAGAUCGAGGAUGGGAACAAAGGGCACGUCCUUCACGACCAGCACGGACCUACUGACACCAAGAGCCAGCCCUCCAACUGGCUCUGCUGGUUUGGCCUAACCACCUGCCCCACAAAGAUGGAGGACGAGAAGAAAAACCAGGUCCUUCACGAGGAGCAGCGUCCGGUUAAGUCCAAGAGCCAGCCCUCCAACUGGCUCUGCUGGUUCGGCCUACCCACCUGCCCCACAAAGAAAGACCAGGUCCUUCCCAAGGAGCAGCGUCCAGUUAAGUCCAAGAGCCAGCCCUCCUACUGGCUCUGCAGGCUUGGACUAACGUCCUGCUCCACCAAUAUCGAGUACAGGAAGAAAGACCAGGUCCUUCAUGAGGAGCAGCAUCCGACUGAGACCAAGAGCCAGCCCUCCAACUGGCUCUGCUGGUUCGGCCUACCCACCUGCCCCACAAAGAUGGAGGGCGGGAAGAAAGACCAGGUACUUCCCAAGGAGCAGCGUCCAAUUGAGUCCAAGAGCCAGCCCUCCUACUGGCUCUGCAGGCUUGGACUAACGUCCUGCUCCACCAACAUCGAGGACAGGAAGAAAGACCAGGUCCUUCAUGAGGAGCAGCGUCUUGUUAAGUCCAAGAGCCAGCCCUCCUACUGGCUCUGCAGGCUUGGACUAACGUCCUGCUCCACCAACAUCGAGGACAGGAAGAAAGACCAGGUCCUUCAUGAGGAGCAGCGUCUUGUUAAGUCCAAGAGCCAGCCCUCCUACUGGCUCUGCAGGCUUGGACUAACGUCUUGCUCCACCAAGACCGAGGACGGGAAGAAGAACAAGGUCUUUCAUGAGGAGCAGAGCCCCGUUGAGACCAAGGGCCAGCGCUCCAACUGGCUCUGCUGGAUUGGACUAAACACCUGUCCUCAGAAUGGAGACAAAAAUGUCGUGCGUCCUGAGAAGAGGCUGAGCGUUAAGGCUGAGUGCCGUGCCUCCAUCUGGCCCUUCUGUAUUCACCUUUCUCCAGAUGGGUCCCAAAACAGGGUCAGCGAGUCUGUUGAUCAAGAGGGCCCAAAGCAGCAGUCCCCGCGCACCCAGCAAAAGGCCUUCAGCGUGCCUGACACUCUGAGCAAGCUCUGGGGCUUCCUUAACCAACACCCGGCAACCUGGAUCGUUUUAGAUUUUGUGAAAGACUGGUGUAUGUUCCGGCUGGGGAAUCUUGCCUUCCAGUUCUGCAGAGAUUUGUGGAGACGUUAGGCACAGGGAACGGAACAAACGGCCUCAGCUUCCGAACGGGAACAGAGUGAUUUCCACAAGGCGCUUCUGUCCAUCUGGCAGCCUGUGGGUCAAAUGGUGACCAAAGGUGGCGCUGAAGGCACCUGCGAUGACAACAACAUCUUCCACUGGGUGGACACCAACCUCUCCCAGAUCAUCACCUCCAUUUUCCAUCAGUCAUGAAAUUAAUAACAUCAUCAUUUCUACAGCCUGUGUCAUUGUGGUGGCAGUGCGUCCGGGACAGUGGCAGCACUAAAAGCAUUGGUGCAGGACA